CUUCCUCGCUUAAUUUGAACAGAAAAUAAAUACAGGAAGGAGACGGGGUCGAUCUGCUGAAUCACACUAAUCUUUCACACUAAAACUUUGCGACCGAGGACGCAGUCUGUGGUUCAGGCUACCUUUGGGUGACAGAUCCAGCUUUUUAAAGUUUAUUGUACAUAGGAGGGAAUGUCUAUAAUUAUGUAAGUUCCGUCGUAACACACUAAAGAAGAAUGUAUUACUAUUUUUUUAAAGAGUUUUAGGAAUAGCAUAGACAUUUUCCGAUCCUCGAAGCGGAGUCAAGACAUCGACCAUUCGCUGAGGGGGAUUUACAUGACUAUAGGUUAUUGCUGUCACUCAAUGCGAUCAACUUCGAUUCACCUGGCAGUAUCGAUUGUAAAUUAUGAUAAGGCUCAAUCGGCAAGUCACUGUUUUGGGCAGUGCCAUCUUUUGUGUAGUGGUCUUCUCAUUGUACCUGAUGCUGGAUCACCUCCAAUUAGACAAUACCAAAAGUCCAAACAACAGUGGGGAUAGAUUGCAAAAUGGCCAGUUGUCAAUCCUGCAGGGUAAGAUUGACCGCUUGGAAAGACUACUGGCAGAGAACAAUGAGAUCAUAACCAACAUCAGGGACUCUGUGAUCAACCUGAAGGAGUCGGUCAAGGAUGGGGUUCCUGAUGGAGGGAACAUGAGUCAAGGACCCUACCCAGAACUGCUGGCUUCGCCUCCACUGGUCCUCCCUAUUGACUCCCAAGACUGUCAGUUCGCAGCAAGGGAGUUCUCUAAGCCAGCAGAUGGGGUGCAGUUGCUGGAUGUUUAUGAUCUUCUGACCUUUGACAAUCCUGAUGGGGGAGUGUGGAAACAAGGAUUUGAUAUCACCUACCAGGAGAAUGAAUGGGACAGCGAGCCACUACAAGUCUUUGUUGUGCCCCACUCACAUAAUGAUCCUGGAUGGUUGAAGACGUUUGACGAGUACUACCGGGACCAGACCCAGCACAUCCUGAACAACAUGGUGGUGAAACUCCACGAGGACAGCCGCAGGAAAAUGAUCUGGUCCGAGAUCUCCUACUUCGCCAAGUGGUGGGACAACAUCGACGGCCAGAAGAGAGACGCUGUCAAGAGUCUGGUUGAGCGAGGCCAGUUGGAGAUUACAACUGGAGGCUGGGUGAUGCCUGAUGAAGCCAACUCACACUACUUUGCAUUAAUUGACCAGCUAUUGGAGGGACACCAGUGGUUGGAGAGAAAUUUGGGCGUGAAACCCCAGACGGGCUGGGCUGUGGACCCGUUUGGCCACUCCCCUACCAAUGCAUACCUGCUGAAACAGGCUGGCCUGGCCAACAUGCUCAUCCAGAGGGUGCACUACUCCGUCAAGAAACACUUUGCCAGUCAAAAGACCCUGGAGUUCUUCUGGAGACAGAACUGGGACCCAGCCUCCAGCACGGACAUUCUAUGUCACAUGAUGCCCUUCUACAGUUACGAUGUUCCCCACACGUGUGGUCCCGACCCCAAGAUCUGCUGCCAGUUUGACUUCAAGAGACUUCCUGGUGGGCGGGUCAGUUGUCCCUGGAGGGUCCCCCCUCAGCCAAUCACGGAUGGAAACGUACAACAGAGGGUUCAGAUGCUGCUGGACCAGUACAGGAAGAAGUCCAAGCUAUUCCGAACCAAGGUGUUGAUGGUCCCCCUAGGGGACGACUUCCGCUACACAGAGGCCUUGGAGUGGGACCAGCAGUUCCAGAACUACCAGAAGCUCUUUGACUACAUGAACUCUCAUCCAGAACUACACGUCAAGGCUCAGUUCGGCACCAUCACGGAUUACUUCAAUGCCCUUCGUAAAUCGGCCAUAGACCCCGGUCACACUGGGCCCUCUUUACCUGUGGUCAGCGGAGACUUGUUCACCUACGCAGACCGAGAUGACCACUACUGGAGCGGGUACUUCACCUCCCGACCCUUCUACAAACGUAUGGACCGCGUGCUGGAGUCACACCUCAGGGCUGCUGAAAUCAUCUACUCCCUCACCCUGGCCAAUAUUAGGAGGUCUGGGAAGCGGAAUGAUUUUCCAGCUGUGGAGAAUUACAGACUGCUCACUGAAGCCAGGAGGAACCUGGGCCUGUUCCAGCACCAUGACGCUAUCGCAGGCACCGGCAAGGACUUGGUAGUGAUCGACUACGGUACCAGAUUGUUUCAUUCCAUUUUGAAUUUGAAACAAGUGAUCGUCAACUCCGCUCACUGGCUGGUGCUGAAGGACAAAAGUGCAUACAGUUACAAUCCCUCAAAGGCCUUCCUUCAAAUGGAUGAUAUCCAGCCUGCUCAAGAUGCCCUGCCUCGAAAAACAGUUCUGAAAAUCAGUUCACAGCCUAGGUCUGUGGUCAUCUACAACCCCACGGAGCAGGACCGCACGUCAGUGGUGACUGUGUAUGUGAACACUCCCCACGUGCGUGUGGUCACAGACCAAGGUCAUCCCGUCCCCGCUCAAGUCAGCGCUGUGUGGGACGAACCCACCACAGCCUCCACAGAGGCCUUCCAGUUGUCGUUCAUAGCGCAGGUGCCAGCGCUGGGUCUUGGGGUGUACCAGUUAGGUAAGGCUGCGAGCGGCAGAGCGGAGACUGCAGAAUACGUCUUCUUCAGGCAGAGCGGCGAGCUGUCCGUCAACGUGAAGCACUUCACGGUCAACAUCCCCCAGGACGCCUCCACCCCCCUCAGCAUCCACAACCCCCACCUCCAGGUCUGGAGCUCCCCCACCACCGGCCUGAUGGAGAGAUUGAAGCUGAAAGAGGACGGCUCAGAACACCAGAUCAAGGUGGAGUUUGCGUGGUACGGCACAACCAGCAACCGAGAUAAAAGCGGAGCCUACUUGUUCCUGCCCGACGGGGAAGCCAAGAUGUACUCUCCCGCUCGGCCUCCAGUGAUACGGGUUACCAAGGGAUCUGUGUUCUCUGAGAUCACCACUACCUUCGACCAUGUGACGCACACUCUACGCCUCUAUCAUGUUCAAGGUGUGGAGGGCCAGGCGGUGGAGAUCUGUAACUCGGUAGAUAUAAGGGGGGAGUUCAACCGUGAAAUUACAAUGAGGUUAACAUCCGAUGUGGACAGCAAGGAUCGAUUCUUCACAGACCUCAACGGAUUCCAGAUCCAGCCUAGAAAAACCAUGGCCAAACUUCCCCUCCAGGCAAACUUUUACCCCAUGACCAGUAUGGCCUACCUUCAGGACCCCGGGACCAGACUGACCCUGCUGACUGCACAGUCCCUGGGCUCCGCCAGCCUCAAGAGUGGCCAAUUGGAGGUGAUCAUGGACCGUCGGCUGAACCAGGAUGAUAACCGCGGGAUGGGCCAGGGCGUCCUGGACAACAAAGUUACUGCCAGCUCCUUCCGCCUGCUACUGGAGAAGAGGGCCAAGACCGAUGGGGGGGAGAAACCCUCUACCCUCAGCUACCCGUCUCUGCUGAGUCACGUGUCGUCGCUGUACCUGAACCACCCUCUGAUCCCCAUGGCUGUGAGCACGGAGGCAGAGUCCCUGUCUCUGUCCCCCUUAAGCCCUCUGGCCUCAUCACUGCCCUGUGACGUCCACUUGGUCAACCUACGCACCAUCCAGUCCAAGGAGGAAGGGGGUGGGCCGUCGGACGAGGCAGCUUUGAUUCUGCACAGAAAAGGCUUUGACUGUGCCCUCUCGAAUAGGAACACAGGGCUACUGUGUGCCACCACGCAGGGGAAGAUCCGCACGGAGAAGCUGUUUUCUGAACUGAAAUUCCAGAGCAUCACCCCUGCGUCUCUUACUCUGAUGCACACGCCUGAGGAAGGGUCGAACCAAGAGGAAAUCAGCCUUAAGCCAAUGGAGAUCAGCACAUACCGUGUGCAGCUGACAUGAGCGCUGGCCAGAGAGUCGGUGAUCGCCACGGAACAUGCCCAACAUCCGGCCUCUGUCCCUGUGCCGAAAAACAUAGUCAGCGAGGCUAUGCAGAAGCCUGAAAUGCAUAGGACAUCCUUGGAACAGACAGAAGGAGGGAAAGAGGAAGGGGAGAGGAUUAGGAAGAAGAGAGGGAGGACGAGAAGGAAGGAGAGAGGUGGAGAAGGAAAGAGGCAGGAGGAGAAGUAAAUGGAACUUGUUUAAGCUUAAUUCGACAAGUGCAAUAUUAUAUUGUUUGAGUCCAGUAUACCUAGUUAUGCUGCAGUCUCAGGUUCUGUAUGUGUUGGGAACGUUUGUGUUGCAAUUUCACUUGAACUUACUCUAUCGGGAAGAGCACAUGUUCAGAUUUCCUUUUUCCACAAAUAUGAUUUUGUACAAUGUGAUUCUUUGUUUUCUUUAUACCGAGGUAUGGCUUCAAUCAUAGUGGAUAUUGCUUCAUGUCCUUGGCGUGCCUGAAAAAAGAUUCGAAGGCCAACUGAUUCUAAAUAUUAAUUCAAUAUUUUAUAGCGGUCAACAUUUAUAUGUGAUAAAUUGUUAAUUGCAAGUGAGAUCUUGUUUUGUUGUCGUUCCAAAGAGCAAAAAAUGUGCCUUAUUUCACAGUUUUAUAAUGAGCCCUAUGUACAUAUCUUUGUAUGUUGUUCUUGGGAGAAAAUUGUCACUUACAAUUUGCUAUCGAUGCGAAAUUUAAUUAGUUGAUGUCACAAGAUUGACAUGUGGCAUUACAUUAAUUGAUAUGGGUCUGUUAUUGUGACCUUCAUAUAUGUACUGUGGUGAGUGAUAAAACAUUUUUUGUUGCUUUACACAGCCAUCACAUUUAAAAAAAAAUAUAUAUAAUAAUAAUAAUAAUAUCUUAUGAUAGCCUCAGUGCACUAUAUCUACUGCUUCAACAGAGAUUUGCAAUGUCCUCACUUACGCCACCACUUCUGUAGCUUCUCUUGGUAGAGCACACAAGUCGGAUGUUUUGUUCAUGACAUUUGCAAGGGUGUACCAAUCAUAAAGCCAUUCAAUCACUUGCAGGUAAAAGGGAAACUGCACUGCGAGUUCACUUAGAAUGUUCACACUGCAUUGAGGUGGUGGUGUGAAAACAGACACGCCCCACUCUGCUUCUCUCUGGGAAGUUGUUAUAAUUGGAUAUUGAUGAGGGGGAAAAAACACACACCUGUAGUGUCAACAUUCUGAGUGAACUUUCAAGGCCGGUUUUCCAUGGAAUAAGCUUAUUCCUGGAUUAGAAAGCACUUUCAAUGGAAAUUCUGCAUCAUAAAUGCUUUUUAGUCCAGGACUAGGCUAAAUCUGUGUCCGGGAAACCGCCCCCCCUCAGUGUGGUUGAUUAUUAUGUGCGAUUGAUUGAAUGGGGGCCUACAGCCUAGAUAUCAAACUAUGCAACUGAUCCAACUCACCAUUGAUACAGUAUAUGCAGCAAUCCCCCCUUUCUGCUAAUGACAUCCAUCUGAAUGAUUCAAAGAUUCUAAAUCUACAAUAGUUACAUUCUUGUGACACAUUUUGUUACUAUGGCCAAAAGCGUACAACCGCUUGCUUAAGCAUAUGACACAUGCCAAAGGUCACAAACCCAGUCAUGUUUGCUCAUACUAUUUUUGUUCUGUUCUGUUCUUUCUUGUGACCUGACUGAGCCAUUUGCAAUUCCACUUCAACAUGCUGCCAUGGGUUUUUAUUUUACGUUUUGACCACCUUUGUGAAAUUCCAAGGAAACGCAAACCUUCUGGUAACGAUGUUUAUAAUUUCCUUACAUUUCCUGGGGUGUUUUGAGGUGAGCGUAUCAUAAGCGUGAUACGGCAGCAUGCCUAGCUAAUAGGAGGGUCAAAGAAUUGCACCUCCACUGUUAGGGUACGGAAUCAGAAGGAUUCCUGGGACAUUGGUUGCUAAAAAAAAGUUCAAGUCUGUUUGUGUCAAUGUAAAUGAAUGUGGAAACCAUUGUUCCGUAAUGUUUUUAAUGUCGACGGGAAUGUCAAAGCUAGUUUAAUAGUUUCUAUCAUAUCUGAUUAAAUGAGCAAUUAUUUUAAGUAUUUCCGUUUGUGAGAGACGAAAGUCAACUUCAAGACAGAAGCUGGUCUGGGAUGAUUUGAAAUCAAAAGCACGUUUGGGAAACAAUAUGCUUUUCUUGGUAUAGAAUUUCAAUAGUUUUGGCUAUCUUUACAAAUCAGCGUCAGGGGAGGGUUUUGUGUGCAAAUCUCUUUCUACCAAUGUUGCUUGUUAAGAGUCACAUUUUGUCACAUUUUUCUAUCUUUCUGUAAAUAUAAUGUGAGAUUAAAAAAGGAUGAAACCCAAGUUACGUUUGCCAAUUAAAUGAAAUAAAGUGCAUAAAACAA